GUAUAACCUGGCUUCUGUAUUAUGGUUUUGAUUAAGCUGGGUUAACUUGACAGCUUUAAAAAUGAUGCAACAAUAUAUGAAAGAACUUGAACAAGAUCCUUACAGUUAUGAAGACUUUGUUGAACGUUUAGCUUGGAGAACAGUAGAUGGGUUUAAGGAAGAUGGGAUUCAUGGAUUUGAUCCUAAUUUAAUGCACGAAACAUUUCUCCAAGCAAUUAAGGAUUUGCAAGUUCUUCAAGAUCGUCAGUGUAAGAAAUGUGAAAAACUUGAACUCAUUUGCAAGGAAGAAGAAGCUAAUCAUUUCCAGGAUAUAGCUCAUUUGCAGGACAAAAAUAAGGAAGCUUUUGCUUUGUUUCAAGAUUUGGAUGAAAGAAUAAAUUUUGUUGCAACUAAAGUAAUACAUCUUGGAGAUCAGUUAGAAAGUGUCAAUGUUCCCAGAUCUAGAGCUGUUGAAGCACAAAGGCUAAUGGUAUAUUUUAGUGAAUUUCUAAGCCCUGGACCUGUUCUUGCCAGCGUCUUUUCAAAUAAAGAAGAGGUCUUUGAAGCUGCUGAUAUUAUACAAAAACUUCAUAUGAUCUCACAAGAACUUCCAUCUGACAAAUUUAAAGAUGCAAGAUCAAAAAUCAGUUUAAAAUAUGAUGAAAUUGAAAGAUCAUUAAUUGAAGAAUUUGUAAAGUCACAUAGGGUUCAUGAAACAACCAGAAUGAAAGAAAUUGCGAAUAUCCUUAUGCAUUUCAAAUCUUACUCACAGUGCAUUGAUGCUUUCAUUGAAGAAAGUCAGAUGGGAACAUUUGUUGGAAAAGAUAUUUUCAAGGAAAUAUUACCUCUCACAAAAAAAAAUUUUAGCAUCAUGAGAGAAGUUUUUAGUAACCCGGAACAAGUCAUGGCCAAAUUUGUUUUGAAUAUUUACCACUUAAAACUACAGAAACAUAUUGUAAGCAACCUUUCUGACAAGUCUGAUACAAAUAAAUAUCUAAGAAACUUAAUGGAAUUAUAUACUAGGACUACUGAACUAUCUGCAGAAUUGAGCUGUUUCAAAAUGGGGUCUGACGAUUCAUAUCUUCAAAAGCUAACUCAUAAUAUAUUUCAAAAAUAUUUAGAAUCGUAUAUAAGUGUCGAAGUCAAGGGCUUAAAGGAAAAAUGUUCAACAUUGUUACAAAAAUAUUAUGAUUCCAAAGAUCACCAUAAACGACAAAUACAGUCUGGAGGAUUUCAAGACUUUAGACGUGAUCUUCAAGCUGUAAUUGGCACAAGAGCUAAUAUUAACAUUGCUCAAAUUGAAGAUUAUGGAGGAGAAACAUUUUUAUCUGAAGAAUUGGUUAUUAGUCUUAUACAAGAGUCUAAGCAGGCGUUUUACAGAUGUAAAUUGCUCUCUAAACCUGCAGACUUAGCAAGUAAUGCAGUGCAGCUGUUAGAAGUUCUAUUAAAUUGUAUUAUAAUUGAUCAUGUUGAUUAUGCUGUAGAAUUAGCUUUACAAGCAGUACCGAUUCCUGAAAGUAAAACACAGUCUCAGCCAAUUUAUUUCUUUGAUGUUGUAAGACAGGCAAAUACUAUUGUGCAUCUGAUUGAAAAACACUUCAACGAUUCUGCUCUUCCUUUAGUAAUGUCGACUUCUAAACAUGGAGAAUGUGUUAUGAAAAAAAAGUUCCUGCUAAAUCAUUUAGAACAGAAAUUGGACAGCGGUAUUGAUAGGGCACUGAAUGCUAUAGUGGGGUGGGUAAAAGUAUUUCUUCAAUCUGAGCAGAAAAAGACUGAUUUCAAACCUGAAACUGAGUUGAAUACAUUAUCAUCCCCUGCUUGUAUAGCUGUAGUGGAGUACUUCAAUGAUAACGUCAAACAUAUUAGAGCCUGUCUAGAUGGCAGAAAUAUUGAAUGUGUAAUGACAGAAUUGGGCUGUCGUUUUCAUAGAGUAAUUUAUGAUCAUUUGCAGCAAUUUCAAUACAAUUCGACCGGCGCACUUUGUGUUAUAUGUGACAUGAACGAAUAUAGGAAAUGUGUGAAGGAACUUAAUUCUUGUUUGGUUAAUACAUUAUUUGAUACUCUACAUGCUCUUUGCAACGUGCUGCUAGUGAAACCUGAAAAUUUAGAUCAAGUGUGCACAGGUGAUCAGUUGUCUCUCUUAGAUCGUUCUGUCGUACUAAAUUUCAUCCAGUUAAGGAAUGAUUACAAGACUCAGAAGUUAUCAAAUUUUCUUAAAGGGAUGUCUGCUUGAUACUGGAAGGUAUUCAGAGAAUCUGAACUUAUCUUCAAAAACUGUGAUUCAUAUGCCCCAUGAUGUGUCUCAACACUAUUCUCUCAAGCCUGUCAAUCUUUUCAGCUAGAGUUUUACGUAUGAUCCAGGUUAUAGCCUUCAGGAACAUCCUCCAAUCAGCCACAUCAUCAGCAUAACCAAGCACUCAUUUUACUAAACACUUUACCUGACUGUUUAAACUCAGCUCUCUUCAUCAUAACUUGGAGGGAAACAUUUAAUAAAAGUGGUGAGAGUGGAUCACCCUAACAACUGCAAAAGGUUGUCUAUCUUCUCAUGCCUCAUCUUCUCAUUUACUUUCACUCUUCUAACAUUCACUUGCAUUCAAGUGCAUGCUGCAAAUUUUAUUACUGCUAGGUAGAGUUCUUUUCUGUUAAUAGAAUCAUACACAGUUUUAAAAUCUAUGAAAAGGAACCAUAUAAUUUCAUUGAUUUCCUUUUUUUUUUUAUUUGUCUUAAUGAAAAAAAUCUGGUCAAUAGUUGAUCUAUUCCUUUUGAACCGCUCCCUCUCUCCACAGCUAUCAUCCAGCUGAGGUUCUACUUGUUCUACUAAUCAAUUAUAUUAAAUAAUCAAAAAUAUUUUAUAAACAGUGUUCAGUAGGAUGAUACUCCAGUAAUUCUUGCAAUCUGUGGAAGCAUCUUCCUUUCUGAAUAAGUAUAUGUUGACCAAUUCCUUCAAGCUAUAAAUAUAGAAAAAUAAAGAAUAUAGGUUCUUGUAUGCCUGCUGACUUUGAACAGUCAUAAUCCAUGGAUCUAGACAUUUUUUCCUGUCCUUGAACUUGAGUUAGUGGGAAGGACACAGCCCAAUUGGCCCCAAAGGGAUUGGUUCUGGAACCUGCCACUGCAACAUGAAAACCAUGGUCCGUAGCAAUGUGAGGUUGAGUGGCCUCCUCCAUUACUGUUCUCCCACAAGCAUAAAAUGUCUGUGAAGACCAUGUUGUGCAGCCAAAAAUAUACAUUACUAAGAACUGAAGUUCUUGUCCGGCCUACAAACCAUUGCCCUGAUGGUGAUCCACAUGUUUAGAUUGAAAUGUCCGCUAACUCAAUAAACAUAAUUUUUUGACGGGGCAUCCUGACCAUUUUUCAUGCUUGCAAUUUUAACACCCUAAUUUAGUUUAUAAAGCAACUCAAACAAAAUACCCAUUAAUAGUCGUAUCCGUCAGAUGAAAAUUUUCUCUUAAUAAAUAAAUAACGAAAAAGAAAAUUGCACACCCAGUAUUCUCAUGGAUACAAUGAUUUUGUAAGCAGGUGAAUCAAUCCUGAAAUAGGUUAUAAAUAAUUAUGAGUCUGUGUAUGUCUGUAUAUCACAACCAAAGCAAAGAUCUUUAAUUUUAGUAAUAUUGAUGUACAAGUUGUAUAUUUAAAUUUCUUUAAAAUGCUCACUGUUGUCAAUUUAUUUUUCUAAACUAAGAAUAAAACAUUUAUUUUUAUGUUGUAAUAAAUUACAAGCAAUGCUAUAUGGCAUGAGCUACAACAUAUAAAUAUAGGUGAGAUGAUAGCUGUUAGUCAGGAUGUAUAACGAACAAAUUAUGAUAAAGAUAAAAGAAUUGUGUUUGGUUGUACCUUAAGAAUGAGGAUUUUGAGGUAAUUCAAUGAAACCAAGUUUGUAUUGACAUCAAACCUUCGGGCUCACUAAGCAUUUUAUCCAUUUAUUAUAUUAUAAAUGAUUGUAUUUUUUUUUUAGUCCCAACAGAUUUGGUUUUAGCAUUUUAUAUUUAUCUUAGCUACUCAUUGUUUAUUGUAUUAUUAUAAUUAAGGAAAGUAAUUACCAGUUAUUUAAUUUGUUCUGCUGUCAGUACUUGUUUUUUUAAUAUAUAUUCUCAUAUCUUAUUACAACAAAAACGUUUUGUCAAUAGAAAUAAAUGCAUACAUCAUCAGUUUAUUGCAAAAAGUCAUUAAAGCACAUUUUAAAUUAAUUUUAUCUGAAUAGUACCUAGGUUGUAAUAUCCAAUCAUAUUUAUUAAUCCAAAAAUUCAUUUUAAAAAAGUGCAUCAAAACAGAAAAUCAUGUGUGAAACUAUUUUUGACAAAUUAAAUGUCAAAAAGAGUACAAAAUAUAAGAUAUUUUACACAGGAAAAGGCCAAGUUACUCAGUGCUUUAAUUUAAUAAAAUAAUACUUAAUGUUAUUUUGGAAUAAACUGACAAAGGAUUAUUUUUAUUACAUACUUUUAAACACUUUUUGCUGCAUAUAUUAAGGAUUUUUUUGUUAGUACAUAUUUUAUAUUUUUUAAUUAAAACUUGAUUAAAAAUCCAGCCUGUGAUAAUAUGUGAACAAGUUUAUGCAUAGAUUUUGAAAUAAUAAGUUUUUAAUUUAAUGAGUUUUGACUCAAUAAAUAAAAUAUAUGUUAAUUUUAAUCUGUUAUUAUUGCACAAUGUGUAUUACUUUUAAUUGUAAAUAUUUGUAACAUAUCUAAUGUUAAUAACCUUGGUACUUCUGAAAUCAAAUGAGAGAAGAUUGUGAAAGAGUUAAGUAUUUAAAUUAUAUAUUUAUAUUUAUUAUUUACGCUACAUAAUUUUUACAUAAAAAUAUAAUUAAGUAUUUACACGCAAAUGUAUAUAUAAUUACAUAAAUAAAACAUUUUAAUAUAUAAAUAAAUCUCUGAUAUUAAAUUUAACUUCCCCAUGACUUAGAACUGGUUAAUGAAAUAAUUUACAUUAUUUAAAUAAUAGUUAAUUAUUUCAUUAACCUGUUCAUGACCUCCUAGCUGAUGUUUCUCACAAAUGAUGUCAUUUGUAUCUUGAAUUUAUAUAAGAGAUAACAGGUAUAUAUAUAUAUAUAUAUAUAUAUAUACAUAUAUAUAAAAUAAAAGUUAAAAUUAUUUACAGUUUGAAUGAUCUGACACUGCUUAAGUGGUAAAAAGGAAACAUAUUAUGAUAAUGAUGAUUGAAUGAUCUUUCUAUAAGUCUAUAACUGCCAGAUUACCAUUUUUACUCUUAAAAACUUGCCAAUAUAUAUGGCAGUGGCAUUGUUUUACGGCAUAUAUUUUGUUUUCCUGGCUUUUAAUUAUUCAUACUCACAAGUCAAUAAAUUUAGCAAAUACAAUCAAACCUCAAUAUAUCAAACAUGGGGGUUCCUUGAAAAGAAAUUCUUGGAUCUAGAAAGAUAAAUAUUUUUCAUUUUCUCUUCCAAAAACAAUUACAGUUAUUUUUUAGGGUUAAAGAAGUAUCAAAUAUAAUUGUUAGGGGGAUUACAUGCAUUAUAUUUCAGCAAUGAUUUAUUAAUUUUACCAAACUUAAGAAUUUAAAUUGUUUUCAAUCUUUUGCAAAAAUUACAAUCGUGCUUUAAUAACCUAAUAUAUCUUUAUUUUUAUCUCAAUUUUUAAAUAUUUUACUAAAUCAAACUUUUUUUUCACACAUAAUGAUUUUGGUUUAGGAGUCAUAUUCACAACAAGAAAAAUGAAGUUAAACUGAAUUUAAAAUGAAAAUCUUACAUGUUCAGUAAGAGAUUCAAAGAAUCCAACUUCUAUACCCACAGUUACAGUACCCACAGCAAUGGCUUCUUUUUAAACAAGGCCUUCUCUGUAAUUUCUGAUGCUAGGUGAAACAGUAAAACAUUUUUAAAUGACAAUAACAUAUUAAAUAUGACUUAUUGCUCAAUAUAAAUAAAUUUUAUUUGAUAUACGUAAAUAUUUUUUCUAAUAAAAAUUCAAGGUUCAUAAAAAUAUUUAAUAAAGGUUUUUGAAGUAUGGGAGUUUGAUAUAUGAAGGUUAAACUGUAUUAUAAGUCAAUCCAAUAAUAUUUUGAAAAAUAUAGUUAUUACCAUAUUAAUAAAUUUCGUGGAACUUUUAAACUUAUAGUAAAGAAUUUAAUACUUAAAUUGUUACACUUAACCUUAUAAGCAUUUGUAGAUAUUUGCUUCUUACAAUUCAACCAAAUUUAAUUAGAAGUUACUGGAAGGAAGCACUGAAUAUAUUCUGUACCUCAUCAUUACAGUAGUCAUUGGACCCUGUGGUAAAUAAAUUUAGAAUUGUUCCACCGUUUUAUGAAAAUUUAUGGUAAUUUGAUUAAAAACAUUUCAUAAUAUGUUUUAACAACCUGUUGCACUAAAGUAGUAAUAAUACAAUACAAAAAUCUUCAAAAAAUAUUUUGUUACCAGUAAAAUUGUAAGCAUUUUUAUUAUCUAGAUAAAUACUCCAGAAAACAAACCGAUUUGUAAAUAACCCUUGCAAUAACUUUAAAUUGUUCAUUACUAUUGAGACGUAUAUUAGCCUCUUAUUGAAUUGUGGGGGGAAAAAAGGUGUUUUCCUAAAUUAUAUUUUAUGUUUAAAUCAAACUUAAAAUGGAAAUGGUUGGAGUUGGGGGUCAAGAAAAAAUAAUAUAUAUUAUGAUAUAUCUUAAUUGUGUGCCAAAGAUUCAACUUAAGUUGUAGGCUUUCAUCAUGAUGAGUUGUCUGGAAUAAUGAAGCAAUUUAGAACUCCUGCCAUUUAUUUAUUGUGUGUAUCCUUCUUCAACACAACCAAAGCAUCAAGAUUUAACGUAGACCAAUAAUAUUCAUAUCAUUAACAAGUUAAAAAAAAUAAAAUGUCAAGUAACAAUAAAAAUAAUAUUUAUGCAUAAUUUUAAUAUAGUAUAAUAUCUUUGGGUAAUAUGUAGUAACUGUUUUCAGUCAAUCAUAAUUUAUGUAAAAUUAAUUUUCCCUUAACAGUAAUUCACUUAAGUUAAAAUGAUUCUUAAUAUCCAUUGAAAAUUAGAUCAUAUUAUUGUUCCUUUCUAUAGCUCUUAUUUCUUGCUUUAUUGGUUAUAAUUCGUAACAAGGGAUAGGACUUUUAUGUUUUCACAUAUUUUUUUCUGAGGACUAUAGAUGGUAUUUUAUGCUUUCUUAACAUCUGCAACUAUUUCAACCAUUUUAGACCAUUUUUAUUUUACAUAUUUGGUUGUAUUUAAAUAUUUUCAUAAAAUUACAUAAUUUUGUUUAUAUUUUACUCUAAGAGAAUUUUCAAUUUUUUAACUUCCUAAAAGAAGUUAUUGUGAUAACCUCCUAACACGCGUUUCUGGAAAUAGGACUUCCGGACAUCAUGUUCACUUUCAUGGAAAAUUAGGGGAGAGUUUUGAACUGCUUAAGGAUUCUUAGAAUCCUCCGAUUCCUUAGUAAUGUUUGUUGCCUAUUCUUGUUCAUAUUUGUCUCAAACCUCAGUUGUUAAUGCGAAUCCAACCAGUAACAAUCAUGCCGAAAGUCAAAAAGACAAAAAAAAGUUUAGCCGCGAAGUAUGCAACGGAGUUUCCCGAUGAACCUUUUAAACACAAUGGAGGAACUUGCUUGUGUUGUGAAAAAAAUGUUUCAACUGAUCAAAGAUCUCUCGUUCAACACCUCAAAAUGGCCAAACACGUGGAGAAUAAAAAGAUAAGUAUGCUUAAAAAGCAAAGUUUUUUGACUGAUUCACCAAGUAGGAGUAAGAACACGUUUAAUUUAGACCUAAGCCGAGCCCUUUUAAGAGCUGAUAUUCCUCUUCAUAAAAUUAACAAUCCGGCUUUUAAAGAGUGUCUUGAGAAGCAUAUUGGCCAUGAAAUGGCGGAUGAAACUACUCUACGCAAAAAUUAUGUCAGAGAAAUAUACAAUGAAACAAUGGAAAAAAUAAAAUCAUCAAUUGGAAAUGGAUCCAUUUUGGUUGCGAUUGACAUGACGACGGACAUUCAGGGAAGAUAUUUAGUCAAUAUGAUCGUAGGAAAACUUGCCGAACAUCCGACAAACGGAUUUUUACUUAAUUGUGAAUUUCUAGAUAAGUGCAUCCACGCUACCAUCUCGCGAUUCUUUAAUGAUUCGAUCGGUCUUCUCUGGAAUGAUAGUUCUAAAAGUGACAAAGUUUUGUUAUUUUUAUCAGAUGCGGCACCAUACAUGGUAAAGGCAGGAAUCACAUUAAAUGUUUUCUACCACAAAAUGAUUCAUUCUACUUGUUUAGCGCAUGCGUUACAUCGAAUCGCUGAAACAAUAAGGACAAAUUUUCCAAACGUUGGCGCAUUAAUUUCUACUGUGAAAAAAAUAUUUUUGAAAGCUCCAGCGAGAUAAAUGCAUAUUUAUGUACAUAUUUUGACUUCUUUAAUACAUAAAAAUCCUAUCCCUAUUCAUAAAUUUUGUUAUUCCUUUCAUAGAAAAAACGUACAUAUAACAUUUAAUAACAACUACAUAAUUAAUUGCUAACACUUAGAAAAUACUUUUCCCAUGCUUGCGGAAAAUAAUCCAUUGGAUAUUCUCUUAAUUUUUUUAAAUUCUGUUGAAUAAUAACAAAGUGCUGUACAUCAGGAGCCUUAUAUUUUUCAAAAUAUUCCUAAAAAUAGAAAUAAAUUUACAUUUUGUAAAUUAAAACAAUUCUUUAUUAAUGAAAUAAUACAUAACGGUAUAAGGUAAUACAUGUUAUAGUGGCUCAAUGCUAUAAUAAUCUAUGCAAAAAUUUGACACUUUCAGUAAGCACAUAUUAAACUAAGAAGGGUUAGUUUUGAGUAUGUUCUUAUAUUAUUCAGAAGCUAGUAGUAUUAAUUGGAAGUUUCAGGAUCACUAUUAACUGAUAUUAGAGACAAGAAGUGUAAUACAAAUAAGUUUCAUUGUUAGAUUUUUAAUGUUCUUGCAUACAGAUUUAUAAUUUUUUAAACUAAUUAUAUAAAUAUCUCAGUUUGUUCAAAAAUAACUGACCAACUUCAUUCCCCCCCUCCAUAUCCCAUUAUUGUGUAGUAAGAAAGGGCAGAUCAUUAGUUCAUUCAAGAAAACAGUACUGGUAGUGAUGAAGAUAAAGAUUUAUCUGGAAUGAUCCACUAGUAGAUAGCAUGAGAUAAAGGCCAAUGAUAUACUUUAGAAGAAAUCUAUUAGCCUAUUAGCAACCAGAAAUUAAUCAAAAAGCUAAGCUUUAUCAGUUCUAUAAUAUAGAUUAGAAAACUAGACAUGGAUGUAUGAACCACAGAAUCUUGGGCUUCUUCAAAUAUACCCAACCAUAAUCCACUACAGGUUGUACAUCAAGGAGAGAGUAUGUACAUACGGGCUGGCAAAUGAGUCCUUUUGGUUUUUCUGUUUAUUUUUAUGUCACUAUGAUACACUUCUGAUCUAAUGAAUUAAUUCCUAAGGUGGAUUUUUUAUCCUAUUUGUAAUAUGUCAACAACUGUAUCUGUUAACUCUUGAUGAAACUAGCUUAGUAUUGUGUUUGCUAUUAUACUGUGAAUAUGGGAGAAAAUUUCAUUUAUUAUCGGCAUAUUUUGUUGUAUUAUUUUUAAAAAAGUAAGCGUGUUGCAGAAGCUCAUAGUAAAAUUUGCAGUGUUUAUGGGGAUGCCUAUUUCAUUCAGGAAAUGAUGCUCAACGGUCUGGUCGCCAACAUGAAAUUGAAACACACAAUGUUAAGGUUAUUGUUGAUCAAAAUCCCACCCAAUCAGUGCGAGAAAUUGCUAUGGUCCUAAAUGUGUCGUACACAAGCGUAGCAAACCAUUUGCAAUAGCUCGGCUAUGUUUCCAGGCUUAAUGUUUGGGUCCCUCACUCUCUAACCAAAGUCAACUUGGCAACACGCAUUUCUGUUUGUGAUUCACUGCGGAAAUGACAAAAAACAACCCAUUUUUGAAAAUGUUGGUAACAGGAGAUGAAAAAUGGAUAUUUUACGAUAAUGUAGUCCAUAGAAAAUCUUGAGGACCUAGUAGUGAGGCUCCUAGAAGAAUGUCAAAACCCAGAUCACAUUCAAAGAAGAUCACAUUCCGAAUGGUGGGAUUUCAAGGGUGUUAUUUUCUAUGAGCUACUGCCAUCAGGAAAACAAUUGAUUAAAUUCUAUACUGCUCACAAUUAACAAAAUUGGAUCAAUCAAUUAAAAAUAAACACCCAGAACUGGCAAAUCGGAAGGGUGUUGUGUUUCACCAAGACAACGCUAGACCCUACACCUCAU